UUUCCCCUCUCUCUCUUCUUCUACUUCUUCCUCCGCCUCUUCUUCUUCCUCCUCUUCUUCACGUGUUUUAGAUAUGCCGCUGCAGCCUCGUCAUCUGUUUGGGACCAUAAUAAAAACCAUCUAAUGAGAGCAAGUGUUUAUUUUGGAGGGGGGGUUUGCCAUCCGAAUCCGACCGGCUCUGUCAGUGUGAAAUAGGGAAUGAACGACGAGACAGCAUCGGACAGCUGGAAGAGAAACUCCGGGUGCUCCAGUAUUGAGCAAAUGCUGGCUGUGAAUCCCGGAAAGACGCCCAUCAGUCUGCUGCAGGAGUAUGGAACGCGGAUAGGCAAAACUCCAGUUUAUGACCUGCUGAAGGCCGAGGGACAGGCCCACCAGCCCAACUUCACAUUCCGCGUCUCCGUUGGAGAGAUCAGCUGCACCGGCCAAGGGCCCAGCAAGAAGGCAGCCAAGCACAAAGCAGCCGAGGCUGCUCUGAAGAUGCUCAAAGGAGGCCUUGGAGGUCCAGCCGGAGUCACUGUUGGAGUGGACGGGUUUAUUGCCGUUGAUGUGUCUGCAGAUGGAGAUAGUUCCCAGUCAGAGAUGAAGACCUCAAGCAGCUCUCAGCAGUCUGAAUGCAACCCUGUAGGGGCUCUGCAGGAAUUGGUGGUGCAGAAAGGAUGGCGUUUGCCAGAGUACACAGUCACCCAGGAAUCUGGUCCAGCACACCGCAAAGAGUUUACUAUGACUUGCAGAGUUGAGAGAUUCGUAGAAAUUGGAAGCGGUACAUCUAAGAAACUUGCCAAGAGAAAUGCAGCAGCUAAGAUGCUAUCACGUAUACAUGACGUGCCAGUAGACCUGAGAAGCAGCAAUGACGCCGACGCUGAAGAUGAUACAUUCAACAUGUCUAUGGGGAGCAGGCCAGAGUCAGGCAAAAAUAAAGGCUUCAGCUGCACAUGGGACUCCCUGCGUAACUCUGCCGGAGAGAAGAUCCUCCAGCUCCGCAGCCACCCUCUGGGUAUUCCCUCUGACUCCAACUUCUGCUCUUUGCUGAGCGAUCUUUCUGUCGAGCAGCGCUUCGAUGUCAGCUACCUGGAUCUAGAGGAGCGCAGUCUCAGCGGCCUGUGUCAGUGUCUGGUAGAGCUGUCCACACAGCCAAUCACAGUGUGCCACGGCUUUGCUCCAAACGUAGACGCUGCUCGAGCCAACGCUGCUCAUAAUGCAUUACAGUACCUCAAAAUCAUGGCUGGAGGGAAAUAAUAAGAGUUACGAAUUUCCUUCUCACAGACUCAAAACUAACAACUACACAGUGCCAUCACACAUGACCUCUUUGGACAACUGAGGCAUUUUGUGAUGAAUCCAUAAAAUAUAAAUUACCUCAGUUUAGAAAGCUGACCCUUUGUCUGCCCCAAAAUUAAUAACGAGCUUUUUUGUUGUUGUUUUUGUUUUUUGUUUGUUUUUGUUUUUUGCUCAUUCAUUGAUGUCUGAAAGGUGCCAGUGAAGAUUUAAUUGCCUAAAAACUCAUGAAUUUGUUGUGGAUAGUUUUAAAUAGCAUUUUCAUCAUUUUUAAAUGUUUAGUAUCACCAUUUAUUUGUAUUUUUAAAACUACAUGGAUGGAUACUAAAAAAAAAAAUAAUAUGUUUACCCAUCUUUUACAUUAUUAAGUCAAAUUAAGGGUAGUGGGGAUUGUCCUUGUCGGGUUUCACAGUCAUUACACUUCCAUAAUCAUCUCUAUUAUUUUAUGCUAUACUGCAGGUUUUGCAUCAGAAACUUUGCAAAUCUAUUUCUGCUUAGACACAUAAGCAGUUAUGACUGAAACAAGUGUAUUUUAUUACAAUUAUUAAGUAUACUUUUAUUUUAAGCUUCCAUAUCACAGACCAAACAAAUGAAUCCACUACAUGUUCUAAUGUGGAGUUUAAACUUUAAUACCUCAAUAAUAUUUUAUGUGUACAAUGCUCAGCAUACAACAUGGUGUUUUCCAGAUUAUUCUUUCUGCCUUUUUGAUUGUGACUUAAAUUAUGGUCAUUAAAAAGUGACAGUAGUUUUUUUUAUUGUUAUUCUUAUUAUUCCUACUGUGUGUAACAAUGUAAGACCUCACUGCAACACGCCUCUGUGUAACUGCCUGCUGGUUGAUUCAAAAACCUUAGACUCAAAUGAAUUAAGAAUUGAGGGUAACAGACUUUGGAUUCCUUAUUGUAAGGGAAUAUUUAUCUGCGGUGCAGACAUUUUGGUAAUUCACAUUUCUGCAGAAUGUAACAACCACUUUAUUCUCAGAAAAGUCACAAAUGAAUUUGCUUUUUUUUUCUUUCUGAUGAAACAAGGAAGUGUCUAUUUUAGCUUUGGGUGUUGCCACUGUUGAUGUGUGUUACAUGAAAAUUACAUAAAGAUCUCUUUGUUGUGUUGUUAAAACUUUGAAUAAAGAAAAGCAAAUUAA